AUGACCCCUGCUCACUUUACCUUUUCUUCAGCCUUUAUAUUAGGUCUGACCGGCUUAGCCUUUCAUCGAGCCCACUUACUUUCUGCCCUUCUAUGUUUAGAAGGAAUAAUACUAACCCUAUUUAUUGCCCUCUCUAUUUGAACCUUACAACUCGGGGCUCUAACCGUCUCUACAGCCCCAAUUCUUUUACUAGCAUUUUCAGCCUGUGAAGCAAGUGCCGGCCUUGCCCUUCUAGUCGCUACUACGCGUACUCACAAUACCACUCGGCUACAAAGCCUAAACCUUCUCCAAUGUUAA